GGGGAGUUGCGGCUGGCAGACCCUGGGCUCCGCACCCCGGGGUGGGCUCUGCCGGAGGUGGACCCGAGCCUCGCACUUCCUCGGGAGCUACCCUGUGCCUUGCCUUUGCGGCCCCAAGAGCUUGGGAGCGGGAUCCGUCCAAAGGGCCAUCUGGAUUAUGCCGGACCCGCGACCUGCGGUCGAUUUCUUUCCAGCAUGAUCCGCUGGGCCCCCAGGCCAUCACCUAGAAGAGCCCAUUCACUCUGGACGAACCUUUUGGCAGCCAAAGUCUGUCCUUGAGAAGGAUGACUGAGACAUUAUGGGACACGCCCUGUGUGUCUGCUCUCGUGGAACUGUCAUCAUUGACAAUAAGCGUUACCUCUUCAUCCAGAAACUGGGGGAGGGUGGGUUCAGCUAUGUGGACCUAGUGGAGGGGUUACAUGACGGACACUUCUACGCCCUGAAGCGAAUCCUGUGUCACGAGCAGCAGGACCGGGAGGAGGCUCAGCGGGAAGCAGACAUGCAUCGCCUCUUCCACCACCCCAACAUUCUUCGCCUCGUGGCUUACUGUCUGAGAGAGCGGGGUGCUAAGCAUGAGGCCUGGCUGCUGCUACCUUUCUUCAAGAGAGGUACGCUGUGGAAUGAGAUAGAAAGGCUGAAAGACAAAGGCAACUUCCUGACUGAGGAUCAAAUCCUUCGGCUGCUGUUGGGUAUCUGCAGAGGCCUUGAGGCCAUUCAUACCAAAGGUUAUGCCCACAGGGACCUGAAGCCCACCAAUAUCUUGCUUGGAGAUGAGGGACAGCCAGUUUUAAUGGACUUGGGUUCCAUGAAUCAAGCAUGUAUCCAAGUGGAGGGUUCCCGCCAGGCUCUGACCCUACAGGACUGGGCAGCCCAGCGGUGCACCAUCUCCUACCGGGCCCCGGAGCUCUUCUCUGUGCAGAGCCACUGUGUCAUCGAUGAACGGACUGAUGUCUGGUCCCUAGGUUGUGUGCUUUAUGCCAUGAUGUUUGGGGAAGGCCCUUAUGACAUGGUGUUUCAGAAAGGUGACAGUGUGGCCCUUGCUGUGCAGAACCAACUCAGCAUCCCACAAAGCCCCAGGCAUUCUUCAGCACUUCGACAGCUGCUGGCCUCCAUGAUGACUGUGGACCUGCAGCAACGCCCUCACAUUCCUCUCCUCCUCAGUCAAUUGGAGGCAAUGCAACCCCCAGCUCCAGGCCAGCACACCACUCAAAUCUGAACUAACCAGUGGCCACAUUAAGAUGGCUCCAUGUGCCUUGGAAAGAGGCUCUUAUUCCUCAUUGGAAGUUCUUCCUUUCUAUCCAGGGCUGCUCUUGACAGUUGGGUACCAGGGAUGAGGAUCGUUAUCUCAGUCUUCUCUCUGCUCUUUUACCUCAGUACAUAGGCAAGGGGCCUGACCGGUGGUGAGGCUGGGGGAGAAAGUGAAACAGAGAAAAAUAUGGCGCACAACUCUGAGCUGGACUGCUGGGCUCACAUCAUAUUCUGCUUUCAAAUCUGGAAGCAGGAGAAUGUAUAAACAGGAAAAUAAAGUGAAAACAGGUUGGUGUGGA